AUGGCGGCGGGGGGCAGCUGCCCCGGCUGCGGCUCCGCGGCGCUGGUGGAGGACGCGCACUACGCGCAGCAGCAGCUGGUCUGCGCCUCCUGCGGCUGCGUCCUCGCCGAGGGGCUCCUCACCACCACCUACGCUGAGGAGGAGCACCUGCGAGAGGUGGCGUAUUCCCAGAGCACUGGCCAGAAAGAACAGCUGAGCCGCUGCCUGCAGCGAGGGAUCAGGCGGGUCCAGGAUCUCUGUAAAGUCCUCCAGCUCCCGACGGUGUUUGAGGAAACGGCGGUGUCGUACUUCCAGAGAGCUGUGCAGCACCCUUCCUUCCACCUGGUCAGUCUGGAGAAGAAGGAGCUCUUGGGGGGCUGCUGCGUCUUUGUGACUUGUCGACAGCACAGCUGGCCCCUGACGAUGGGCACAAUCUGCUCCCUCCUUUACGCGAAGCAGGAGCUGUUUGCCAGUGUCUACCUGAGCCUUCAGAAAGAGCUGGAGCUCUCUGUGCCGGCCCUGAGCCUGGCAGACCUGGUGAAAACACACCUGAACAGUUUUCGGCUAUUCCAGCACGCGGCCGACGUCCCUGCCCCGUUUGUGGAGGACAAGGAGAAGAUGGUCACUCGAACGAUGCAGAUUGUGGAGCUGGCCAGCGAGACGUGGCUGGUCACCGGCCGGCACCCUGUUCCCAUCGUCACGGCCGCGGCUUUCCUGUCGUGGCAGUCGCUGCAGCCCGCUGCACGCCUCACCUGCACUUUUGCCCGUUUCUGCAAGGUGGCGGGUGUUGAUCUGCCCCCACCGGCGCACCUGAGGCUGAAGGAGCUUCUCGAGAUCCUCCUGAGAAUGGCCUCCCAGCUCGCUUGGCUGAGGGUGUUUAAAAUGGACAAGAAAACUGUGGUCAAGCACAUUGGGGACCUGCUGCAACACCGAAUUUUCCUGCUGAAAAAUGCCUUCUGCCUGGAGGAUGAGGAGGAGCGGUGUGCCACGGCCCUGGGCGAGCACUCCCCUGUCUCUCCUCCAGCGCAGGAGGAAGGCUGUCCCGCGGAAGGGAAACGCCAGCGUGAGGGCGGCCCGGGGCCCUUGCUGCCACCCUGCCUUACCAAUCCGAGGAAGAGACUGCGGACGGCAGCCCCGAGCGCUUCGGACUUGGCCAUCACCGGCGACGAGCCCAUCUCCGACAGUGAAAUCGAGCAGUACCUGCGGGGCCCGGAGGAGAUCCGGGCCUUCAGGCAGGCAAAGGCCUGGCCGUGAUGGUUGUCUGGUGUGGCCCAGAGGACGGUGCUGCCAGAGACGCUGGGGCAGCAGGGACUGCGCGACCAAAAGGGUGAAACCCAGCGGUGACAGAGCCAUGGCACGCUGCGGGGUUGUGGGGAAGGAGAGGGCUAUGUCCCCUUUCACGUUCUGGACCAAAAUGGGGCUUUUAAUGGACUGACUGCUUUGGGUCAGGUGCCAGGACAGGUUUCUGGCUUCUCUCUCGUUGCAGCCUCUGGUAAAAGGCGUUUUGGUGAGUCCCAGUCCUGCGGGGUGGCAUCACGGGUCUGCAGAGCCCAUGGCCUUACUCUGGGGGUGACACCCAGGGGAAGGUCUCCAGCACCUCCACUGGAACUGGUUUUCCGUAGCGCUGCUCCGGCUUUUCCGGGGACGGUCUCACCUUCUCGUGCUUCACCUCCUUUGACAGAAUGGGUUUGUGAGUGGGUCAAGGAGACACCUUAACUUGCAGAGAGAAAACUACCCCCGUCUCGGUUAAAUAAGGGAUGUGAAGCUGCUGGAAAUCCGCGGCAAAGGCGCAGCUUUGGGCAGCGUGGGUGCAGUGCCGCUGGCUGUUCACAGCAGCGUGCUGCUCGCUCAGUAAAAGGGUGCCCUCUCCCUGCCUGGUGGUCUGUUGUGUUUGAACG